AGCCCAAGAAUGUACCAGUAUUUUCAUCCCUGAAUUUUAAGUAUCAUAAAAAUAAGCUUUGAACAAAAAAGGAAAAUUAUGGGUUCCAAGACAUUUCUGUUUCUUGGCCUUUUUUUGGCUAUUUUUUUCAUGAUAAGCUCUGAGGUUAUAGCUAGGGAGUUGGCUGAGACUUCCAACUAUAACGAGAAUGAAGUACACGUUGUCGGACAUGGCGGAUACAAUGGCGUUAGCGGUGAUGGACAUCAUGGUUGCCAUUAUGGUUGCUGCGGAAAGUACAAAUAUGGUUGCAAAAAGUGUUGCUCCUAUGCAGGUGAGGCCAUGGACAAAGUCACUGAAGCCCAGCCUCACAACUAAUUGGAGU